ACUUCGAGUGAGUAAAGAUUGCUGUUGGUUAAUGAUGGUUUGGGCUUUUGAUGUGAAUAAGGUAUUGUUAAUCCAAUUUCUCCUUGAAUUGAGAACAUAGCAGAGAAACUCAAACCCAUGAAAGCAAUUUCACGGUUGUUGCCGUACCUGAAGCGAUUUCCUUGUUCGUCCUGCCUCACAUCUCUUGCAUCCACACGUAGUUCAACUGUAAAUUCUUCGUCACUGCUCAAUGAUUUCGCCAACUUUUGCUACAAGAGAGACCUUCCCAGAGCCAUGCGAGCGUUGGAAGCCAUGGAAAGGCACAAAGUGUGGGCUCAUGCGAUCACUUAUUCCGAGCUUGUUAAAGGUUGCUUGGCUCGUGGGGCUAUCAGUGAAGGUAAGCGCGUUCAUAAACACAUUUUCUCUGAUGGGUAUGAGCCAAAGACGUUCUUAAUCAAUACCAUGCUCAACAUGUAUGUGAAAUUCAAUCUCUUGGAAGAAGCACAGGUACUGUUCGAAAAAAUGCCUGAAAGAAAUGUUGUUUCGUGGACAAUAAUGAUAUCCGCUUACUCUAACUCUAAGCUCAAUGCAAGGGCCUUGAAUUUUUUGACACUUAUGCUUAGAGAAGGUGUCAUGCCUAAUAUGUUCACGUUGUCUUCUGUUUUGAGAGCUUGUGAGAGGCUACGUGAUAUCAAGCAACUGCAUUCUUGUAUAACAAAAGUAGGAUUGGAGUCUGAUGUAUUUGUUCGGAGUGCUCUUAUUGAUAUUUACUCAAAAUUGGGUGAGCUGCAAGAAGCAUUAACUGUUUUCAAUGAGAUGGUGACUGGAGACUCUGUUGUUUGGAACUCUAUCAUUGGGGCUUUUGCUCAGCACAGUGAUGGAGAUGAAGCGUUGUACCUUUAUAAGAGCAUGAGAAGAGCUGGUUUUCUUUCUGAUCAGUCAUCGCUUACGAGUGUUUUGAGAGCAUGUACUAGUUUGGCAAUGUUAGAAUUAGGACAGCAGGUCCAUGUUCAUGUUCUGAGGUUUGACCAGGAUCUGAUCCUCAACAAUGCACUUUUGGAUAUGUACUGUAAGUGCGGUGGUUUGGAGGAUGCAAAGUCAAUUUUUAAUCGGAUGAUUGAGAAGGAUGUAAUUUCUUGGAGUACCAUGAUUGCUGGGUUAGCCCAAAAUGGUUGUAGCAUAGAGGCACUUAACUUAUUCGAGUACAUGAAAACCUCUGGUCCAAAACCAAACUACAUCACACUUGUUGGGGUUCUGUUUGCAUGUAGUCAUGCAGGGCUUGUAAAUGAAGGUUUGUACUACUUUCAUUCCAUGAAGGAACUUUAUGGGAUUGAUCCUGGAAGAGAGCAUUAUACUUGCAUGCUUGAUCUUCUUGGAAGAGCUGGGAAACUUGAUGAUGCAGUUAAGUUAAUUAAUGAAAUGAAUUGCAAGCUAGAUGUUGUGAUGUGGAGGACUUUGCUUGAUGCAUGCAGGGUCCAUCACAAUGUGGAUUUAGCCACGCUAGCUGCCAAAGAAAUACUUAAGCUGAGUCCACAAGAUACAGGAGCCUAUGUACUUUUAUCUAAUAUCUAUGCAAAUUCAAAAAGGUGGGAUGAUGUUGCAAAAGUAAGGAGGAGUAUGAGAGCAAGAGGCGUUAGGAAAGAACCUGGAUGUAGCUGGAUUGAUGUCAAUAAGCAGAUACAUGCUUUUACUUUGGGAGGUACAUCACACCCUCAGAUAAAUCAGAUCAAUAGACAGUUGAAUGAGCUUAUUUCUCGACUUACUAGUGUUGGUUAUGUUCCUGACACAAAUUUUGUCUUGCAAGAUCUUGAAGAGGAACAAGGAGAAAAUUCCCUUCGAUACCAUAGCGAGAAAUUGGCAAUUGUCUUUGGUAUAAUGAACCAUCCCAGGGAGAAAACCAUUAGAAUAGGGAAGAACCUAAGGAUAUGUGGAGAUUGUCAUUUAUUUGCAAAACUUGUAGCAAAGUUAGAGCAGCGGCAUAUUGUAGUAAGGGAUCCUAUUCGUUACCAUCAUUUUCAAGAUGGGAUCUGCUCUUGUAAUGAUUAUUGGUAGUGCCAGAGGUGGGCUAGUCCAUACUCUGAGAGAUAUAAGAGAGAGAAUUUCCAACCACCCCUGGGGGCCUCGACCAAAUGAACAAUCAGCUCUUGUUAAUAGAAAGUGAAGUGUGGGUUCAAGGAUUAAAAGAUCGGACAUCUCACUACUAACAGGAGGGUGUUUGAUUCCUAAGAUCAUUAUGGCGCUUGGGGAGCCAUAUUGGUAGCUAAGUGACGCACUUUGUAAGAGCUUGUUAGGGGUUAGUUUUUCUGCUCUCAGCUUGUGGGUGAGCCCAAUCCCUUGGCUAAAAUUUUGUUUUAAAAAAAAAAAAGAAAAAAGCAAAGGAAGAAAGAAAGGGAAGCAUGUACAAGUGGUAUUGUGCUUAUGAAUGUAUUUGAUAGGGUGAAUAACCUUCCUGUUUAGAAAUUCUUCACCAUUUUUUCUCGUGUAUUUUUCACCUUAUAAUGGUUCAUUUAUGACCUUAACUAUCACUUGAAUCCUUUCAUUUUUGAAUCAUGGAUUUUUGUCUAUGCAGUUUCAUUUUUGGAAAUAAAUAACAACUGGAUGAAAGAUCGUUGUAAAAUUUUGCCAUGGAAUGCUGAUGAAAUAAAUUCUCCUUGA